AUGUUUGGGGUGACCUUCCCUACUUUUAUCUACAGACCGAGUUGUGAGGCUUUGUCUCCAGGAUCGGCAACCAGGUCCAAUGCGAGCAUUGCUGGUCACCAGGUGGUGAAGCGCCGCGCUCACGGCCUGGGUGUGUCCGCUUUGGUGGCCAUUGGCCAGGAUGAUCGACAAGUAGAACUGGUGAACUCUGAGUCAGUGGCUUCUCAGAUAGAUGCGGCCCAAAUUGAGUUGCUUUUCAACAAGUCAACUCAGCUCACACCACAAGCUGUGGUACAUUUCGUGACUCAAUUGGCAAAGGUCUCCAAAGAAGAGCUUGCACUAGCGGAUCAGCCACGAAUCUUUUCUCUACAAAAACUAGUUGAGGUCGCUGACUUCAACAUGAGCCGGAUGAGAGUUGUAUGGACGAAGAUUUGGCGAGUACUCAGCAGCCACUUUGUUGAGGUGGCGACUCACCCGAACGUCCGGGUUUCCCACUACGCCAUGGAUUCAUUGCGACAGCUUACCAUGAAGUUUCUGGAGAAAGACGAGUUAGCUGGAUACAACUUUCAGGCUGAGUUCUUGAAACCGUUCGAAUGCAUCAUGGUCGGCCCACCGCCAGUGAGCAGAGAGGUGAAGGACUAUUUGGUCUACAUUAUUUCGUACAUGGCAGAUGCAAGUUUUCAAAAUAUCCGGUCUGGAUGGAAAGCAGUGCUUCACAUUUGUGCAGCAGCUGCUCAAGAUCCGGCACUCAGCGAGGCCACGAUUGAGAUUGCCUUCAAAGUGGUCGAAAAGGUCAAUGCAGACAGCUGCUACCACCUGUUUCUUGAGAAUUUUACUGAUGGAAUCCGCGCUCUGCUAUCAUUCGCACAGUGCAAGGUAGAGAAGCGGCCUGGCAAGGAGGCUGGAGUUCCUGACGGCGCGAUGGGACAAUUACUCGACUCCUUUCACUGGCAUGAGGCGAAGCCAGAGAUGUCAAUGCAAGCGAUUUCCUAUUUGCUCAAGGCCGCAGAAAAACUUGCGGACCCGCAAACCGAUCUUCCAGCAGGGUGCUCUUUAUCACAGGAUCCUGCUAUUAGUGAUGGACAACCCGCGGCUGUUUGGUUCCCCAUUUUGCGAGGGCUCUCAAUACUUGUUGGCGACCCUCGCCGCGAUGUGAGAGCUGCGGCGCUCAAUGGCGUUUUUGACAUUCUCCGUGAUUAUGGCAAGCAGAUUUUUGAUGAGGACAUGUGGCGGAUGGUAUUCAACGGGGUCAUCAAGCCCUUGUUCGAUGACAUUCACCACCAGCUGGCUCCACAGAGUGACCACAAGCAGGACCGUCUUCCAACUGGCAGACAAGAUGGCCAUUGGGCCUCAAUGGGGCCACCAACAUGCUUAGCAGCUUUGACCCAGCUUGUCAGGUUGAUUGAAGCUCACCUGGACGUUCUGGCCUUCCUACUUGAUGAUGUGCUCCGGUUGAUCAGAAACUGCAUUCAGCACGAAUUUGAGGCAGUUGCACGAAUAGGUGUCGAAGGUUUCAAGCAGCUGCUGAUAUGCACUGGCAAGAACAUGAAGCCGAAUUCCUGGCAGAAGGUCACGACAUGUAUUCUGGAGCUCUUCCGGGACAGCAUGCCAACAAAGCUGAUGGAGGUUGAUGUGAAGGCCUCGUCGCAACUGCCAUUCAACAAAGAUGAUGUUGUGAUCCAGUGCGUGGUCCAACUCCUGCUUAUCGACAUGCUGCAAGAUGCUGUCUCACAACAUUACGAGUUGGACCCCUAG